GUCAGGGGCAAAAUAAAAAAAAUCACGGAAGAAGAGUCGAGCAGCGGUUCGAGUCUGACAAGUUUUUUUUUUGACGAAGGGAGGGAGCAAAAACGGGAAAGGAACAGAGGUUUAACUGCCGCUACUGCGAACCGUCAAUCCGCGCUGUCCCCGUUUUAGGAGCGAAAACAAAGAUGGAGGAUUCCAUUAAAACAGUUGUGGGGGUCUUCCUGAAGUCAGCUAAAGGGAAAGAAAACCUUGGGGGAAAAGAGUUUCAGAGUCUUGUGGCGAGUCAACUGAAGAACAUUCUGACGGGCACAGAAGACAAUAGCUCAGUGAAAACCAUGCGUGAACAACUCGACAACAACAAGGAUGGAAAGGUCGGCUUUCAAGAGUACAUGACUCUGAUCGGUCAUUUGGCGCAGUCUCUCAGCAAUCAUCGUUGUUUGGAAAAGGAACCUGUAGCCGAGAGUUCUGCUCAGGCAUCGGCCGCAGCAAACACAGAGUCAAAACCGGCAGAACCGAAGGCAGAACCGAAGGCAGAACCGAAGGCAGAACCGAAGGCAGAACCACAGGCAGAACCACAGGCGGCAAAGGAGGAGCCGGUGGCUGAAGAGGCGGCUGCCACAGAAGAGAAGAAGCCAGAGGAGGAGGAAGUCAAGUGGGAGGAGGUGCAACCUGAAGAGAAAAAAGUGGAAGAGCAGAAUAAAACUGAGGAGGCCUCAUAGGAGCUAGAGAAUGCUGAGAUCUACUAAUCUUGUGCUUUCAUGUUUGUUUUACUUGUAUCCUUUUCAUUUUUGUGAUAUUUUAAAACACACACAAGAAGCCCAGCCAAUACACAACAAAUUAUGUUACUGCAAAGAGGCAUAGAAUCAUCUCAAUAAUACUUAUUUAAUAACAAUGCGCACCUGUGAUUGAUUUUGUAAUGAUUUUAAGUAAAUUUGCCCAGGUCUUGGCAACAGUCAGAAAUGUGACCGAUGGCCGGAGGGCUGCUUUCAUUUUUAUACGAGCCAGAGCUGUUGUAAGGGUACUGCGACCACUGUCUUCCCUCUUCAAUAUCUCCACAAAGCCACCGUGAAUGAAGAAAAGGGAGAAUUUGUAUUGCAGAGAAUCUGAGAAAUUGUUUCUCUGCCGCUGUUUACUGCUUGUUUGUGCCACAAUGUAAUGAGAGGGUUACUCGGUCGACUCCGGUGCUAGACGUACAUUUAUUUUUCAGUGUUGUGGCAAUUUAACAAUCCCUAUGAGACUGUUAUUCUACACUUUAAAAAAGUCACCAAAUGUAGGAUUUGUGUUGUGAUGCAUAUCCCCAUGUGAAAAAUAACCACGGUGUUACCACAAUCAGUUACCAUAGUUUUACUACAAAUACUACAUAUUGACCAAUGGGCACUGUGGUGAGACGAUGGUACAUGUGCGGCUAGUGUGGUCAUGCUACAAUAACAAAUACCACCAAGCUAUGGUUACCGUAGUAAACCAUGGUUAAUUUUCAAUAUGGAUUUUUUUUUUUAAUUUUCAACACUGACCUGAGCCAAUGUGCUUUGUUGUUCACACUUUUGCCAAAUUUGAGCAAGGCCUUUUUUGAAUGAGAAUAAAGCAAUUUUGUUUGAAAUAAAUGUAGAUUUAUUGGAUGCUG